ACCAGAUCCCCCAUUUCAUUUGGUUUGGCUGCAUGACGUACGUUACAACCUGCUUUAAUUAACCUUUUCCUUUCGUUUUCUCCCUCCCUUCUCCUUCUCCUCCUUCAUUCUCCUUCUUCUUCUGGCCUGCCUGAUCCAGUACUUCCUUAAUUAUCAGCCUAAUCAUCUGAUUACGCCUAAUUGUCCUCAUGGGAGGAGCGUUCAAAGCGAACCGAGUGGUUUACAAGGCGGCGAGUAGCAUCGACGUGGCUCGUCGUCGUCUUCCGGCGAAUUCCGACGACGACGGCGAAGAAGAAGAUCAAUCUUAUCUCCAUCCCGAUGUCAAAGCUCCGCGGAUGGGCGGAGUGGUGGUGAAAGUGUUCGCGUGGUUUCUGGAGUCACGGAUUUUGGGCGCCUUGCUGCUUUACCUCCUCAAGAGAAACAAUCUCAUCCACAAGCUUGUGACAAAUGCAGAGCUGGAAGAGUCGCCUCUUUAUGUCCCUCUGCAUCCUUUUCAAGGUUACCUUCCUUUCCAGUUGGAGGAGCAAGAAGUGAAGCAAAUUGAGCCAUCAUCAGAUCCAGCAAGUCAGGUCCAACAAGCAGUUGAGAAUUGCCUGCUGCCUUUGUCAUCACCAAAUUGCUCCACUACUACUUCACCUGGUUUCCAUCGGUGGACCGUCAUGGACUACUAUAACGCCUAUACUACUCGACAGAUUACUCCCACCAUGGUGGCAGAAAGGUUAAUAGCAGCCAUUGAAGAAAGUUCAAGUGCGCCAUGGGAUAUGGGAUUCUUUAUCAAUCACUGCCCAAAAGACAUCCUCAAACAAGCCUCGGAAUCAACUCUUCGAUAUGAAAGAGGAGAGGCAAUAUCAGUUCUCGAUGGUGUCCCCAUUGCCGUCAAAGAUGAGAUUGACUGUGCUCCCUAUCCCACAACUGGAGGAACAAAGUGGCUACACAAAGCAAGAGCAAGUGAAGGUGACGCGGAAUGUGUAGCGAGGCUGAGGCAAUGUGGGGCGAUUCUCGUUGGCAAAACUAAUAUGCACGAGCUUGGAGCUGGGACCAGUGGCAUUAAUCCCCAUUAUGGGGCUACUAGAAAUCCGUUCGAUGUAGGGAAGAUUGCGGGAGGUUCAUCCAGCGGAUCGGCGGCAGUGGUGGCUGCUGGGCUUUGCCCUGCCGCCCUAGGUGUUGAUGGUGGAGGAUCUGUUAGAAUGCCUGCAGCACUGUGUGGCGUUGUUGGUUUCAAACCCACCUUUGGCCGCGUACCACACUCCGGGUAUAUCAGUGUUCUUCCUUUAAACUGGACAGUAGGGAUGGUGGGUGUAUUGGCAGGCACAGUCGAGGAUUCAUUGAUUGUCUACGCAGCCAUUAGCGGAGACUCACAAAAAACAUCGGAUCCGGAGAUGAAGAAUAACAAGAAGCCGAAUCCUACAAAGCCAAAACUGUAUCUUCCACUGCUGGAAUCAACAAGUUCAGUCACGAAUAUUAAACUGGCAAGAUAUAAAGAGGUCAGUAUCCGACGUGUACGUAAUUUUGUUUUUCGGGACGACUUUGUAACUAACAAUGACUUGUGCUCUUUAAUGUUUCGUUGGAUUAAUGAAUAUUGGAACAGUGGUUCAAUGAUUGCACGGAGGAGAUCAGGGAGUGCUGUUCCCACGCGCUGGAUCUCCUGUCGCAGAAAUACGGGUGGAAGACGGUGGAGGUGGUCAUACCGGAGAUAGAAACGAUGCGGUUGGCACAUUACGUAACGAUAGGAUCGGAAUGUACUACCGCGCUUGGCCCUCACCUACACAACUCCAAGAAUGUGGGGGAAAUGGGGUGGGAUGUGAGGGUGGGCCUCUCUGUUUAUGGCGCUUUCAGCAGUAAAGAGUACAUCCAGGCUCAAAGGCUAAGGAACCGGCAACUAGAGAUCCACAGGAAGGUGUUUGCAAUGGCGGAUGUGAUCGUUUCACCAACCACAGGAGUGACAGCUUAUCCAAUAUUGAACGACUGCCUCAAGACUGGCGAACUAGAUUACGUCAAUGGAGCUGCGCUUGUUCGGUACCAAAUAGCUGGGAAUUUCUUGGGAUUACCUGCAAUUACUGUCCCUGUGGGAUAUGAUAAGAAAGGGCUGCCAAUUGGGCUUCAGUUCAUAGGCCAGCCGUGGUCCGAACCAACUCUCCUCCACGUUGCAUUCGCCAUGCAGGGCCUGUGCAACCAAGGAUACAAAAAGCCAGAGGCUUUCUACGAUUUGCUCCACAAAUAGCUAUACCAUCAAGAACAAAGGGGGGGGAAACAAUGGAGAGAAGUAAUAUAUAAGCGCAUGCAGAUGCAGUUGGGUUGGGAUGAAAUAAGAGGAAAUGGCCUGCUAGAACAUCAUUUCAUUAGUUGUAGUAGUUCAGCGACAAUCAUGCACAAACGAGAAAAUAAUAAAAAGUGAAAAGCAGAGCUUAAUCGGUAGUAAUACAUACAGAGUAGUACUGCAGCAGUGAGUGGUCUGUCUCUGUUGAUAGAUUUUUCUUUCUUUCUCAAUAUUUGGCAUGCAGUAGGGUCAGAGUUUGGAAUGGUAAAGUACUGGAAAUGUACCCAUUUCUUCUGCUUUUUUUGCUGCAUAUGGAAGCACAACGGUUGGUUGGAUGAUCAUAUUAGCUAGUGCCCAUCUGCAUCUGCUCAUCAUGUGAAUGUUCUCUGCUUUUAUCUUCUGUUGUCGCCUCGCCUGUGUACUUGUGUAGGUCAUAGGUCGCCUAACCAUUGACAUUCACAUGCUCUCUCUUUCUCUUUGCUUUCUAACCUCCUCAGUGACCUCCAACUCAUGUUCUCUGCCCACUCCUCCCACUUCCAUUUCUUCACCUGUUGUUGGAUAACAGUCACAUCAAUCCCGACAUCCAACAACUUUACACGACUUCUUUUUUCCAGUUUCCCAUAUCUUCAUAUACUAACUGAAAGUCUGAAACCAUCACCAUUAGCAGCAGAAGGUAUUACUGCAGUAAUUCUUUAUGAAGGGGAAGAUGACUUUACACAUGGGAAAGAAGAAAACCCAGAACUGGUGGCAAUGCCAAAAUGCCAUCCCAUUUUUUUGCUUUCUCGCUUUCGUUUUAUUAUUGUCAUACCCACCAAAUCAAAUUCCAACAUUUACAUGCUAACCUAUUAGCUCUGUAUGUGCAAUACCAAGCUGCAAAUAUCCAAUGCCAUGCAAUUUCCAUCUCUCCCUCAUGCAAAUCUCCAUCUCACCCUCGAAUUUUCACUACCCCCGGAACCAAAACAAUCUCUGUUUCGUUAUUCGACAUUUUGGAAUCCUGCACUGCACUACAUAACUAGCAAGUCUUCUUCCAUAGUUGCAAGAGACUUUAGCUGAAGACCCAGAGAUGAGAUUGUCUUCUUGCACUCUGCAAACUUGGCAGCUGCAGCUGCUAGCUCUCUCUCCUGCCAUCCAACACCUCUUCAUUAAAGCUUGUAAUUCGCUUGAGUUCAGCUUUUUGAAGGAGUUCAGAUUCAAGUCUCAUUUCGUGAAGCUUGUUCUCCAAGUCAAGACACUUCUUUUCAUUGUCAGCUGCUGAAGCAUGCUCCUUUUCAACCUCUGCUGUUAAUGAAUCAACUUUAGAAAGCAAGGUUCCAAUCUCCUCCUCAGAAAUUCUAAGCUGUGACUCUGCAACUUCUUUCAUCACCAGAACACCCUUAAGCUCCUCUUCUCUGGCUUUUGUUGUCUCAUUCGAAUGAGCUAACUCAGCUUGAAGUACCGAGAACUUCUCAUUCGCUUCCUUCAGCUGAGUUUUUAAGAUGCCUAGCUGACUCUGGCACUCAUUCAAAGCAGACUCCAACUUGACCUUUUCGCCUUCAACCUUUUCCAACUUCUCCUCUAGAUCAGUAGUCUUCUGAUUAAUCACGGCCGCAUGUUCAGCUCUCCAUUGACUCUCAAUGCUGUUGCUUCGUUCGGAUACUGGUCCGCCUGCCUCAUGAAAAGAGCUUCCACCACUAUCUGUGUCAGCCAAAGCAGCAAGUCUUUCCAUCUCCAGAAAAUCAUCCAUGAGAUUGAUCUCUGGAGAAGGCAACAGCAUGAGCUGGUUUCUUCCAGUACUUUUCCGAUUUUUGAAACCAUCAGGCUCCCAUGAACCUGAAGAACUUGGCUCGAGUUCAUUCAUUUCCAAGCCAUUCACUUUCUGUGAGUCACACUCCACCAUCUCUAGUAGCCUCUCACCACUAUCCGACUGGCUGUCUUCGGUGAAGGACUCGACAUAGAUUGAUGAAGCAGUAAAGGAUCUGUUAUGGACAGCAGCAAGCGAAGAAGGAGAAGCCUUUCGAGCCGCCAUAGCCUUCAUCCUGCGGCACUCAGCUUCAAGCCUAGCUACUUUCUUAAUGGCAUCCAAUUGCUGUUUGCUAGCAGUUUCAGCAGCUUGACAGCUGAGGUCUCUUUCCAUAAUCUUCAUCUCCAAUUCCUCAGCUCGAGAGAGAAGUGUCAGCUUGAGGGAAGAGUUCUCUUUCUCUAAACUCUCCAUCUUAGCUCGAAACUCGGAAUCGAGUGACGAUGUUGUAGCAGCUGCCUCACCUUUGGCAGCCUGAAGUUCAUGUUGCAGUUGAGAGAUCUGGGAAUCGAGCUCGGACUUCGUGGACUCCCAUUCACGAGUGGUGUUUGCAAGAGCCUCAGAUAUCCUUCGUUCUUGAUCCUCUCUUGCUAAACGCAGCUGCCUCAUGCAUUCUUUGAGCGCUGCAUCGAGAUGACCAACUCGAUCCUCGAGUCCAGAGUUCUUCUUAGUUGCAUUCUCCAAUUGCUGCUUUAGAGCAACCACUUCCUUCUCAGCUUUCUCCCAACCUUCAGAGACAGCCUCUUCAGCGACUUUGGCAUGCUGAGUGACCAAAUCGUCCUUGGCCCUAAGGUUGAGAAGAGCAGCAGAAAGUUUGUCUCUGAGCGCCUUGAGAUCGCCAUCAUAAUUAUCCACUUGUUCAUCAGGAACGUCCGAUUGAGCAGGAGCAGCAGCAGCAGCAGAAGAACGACGAGUGGGUGUUCGAGUUGGAGUUGACGAAUACGAUGCCUGAUGAUGAUCAUCGGAGAAGCGUUCAGAGAGUGACCCAAGCGAGCCGGCGUCAGAGAAAUCUGGGGGCAGAGUUGGGGAGGACUUCCUUCUCCAUAGCCAGCUCCGGCGCUCCAUGUCCGACGAUUCCGCCGCCGCUCAUUGCAUACUUGUUCAUCCAAGAUUUGUGGCAGAACCCUCUUCAGUUUCCACUCUCCCCUCUCAGGAAACAACAACAAAAGGAGGAGGAAGGAAAGGAAAGGAAAGGAAAGGGAGAAUCCUUGCAAUUGCGCCAAAACAGAGCAGGGUUUCGCUUUCGAUCUUUUUGUGGGUGGAUUUUGAGGGUGAUCGGUAGGAGCGGUCUUUUGCUUACAGAUCACUCAGUCUGCCAACCAAAUCGGCGACGUGAACAGGUGAACAAGAAACACCUGUCUCUCUGGUCUAACGCUUUCGCUAUCGGCGGAGGGCAUGGGAAGAAUCAGAAAGAAACUGUGGAAUGGAGGCGUCAGUUACACAAUGAAUUGAGGGGAAAAUCCUUCCUUUAAAAGUGAAGUGGAACCGCCAUGGCCCUGCCCUGGCCUCCCUUUUUCUCCCCCUAUCCCCCGCCAGCAGGACCACUAACCUACACCUAUCUACUGCUACACUUUGCAACAAAAAUUUGCGCAAAAAAAAAAUCUUCCCCGUCAAUCAAAGUUAACGCAUAAGAAAUCAAGCACGUCUUAAUCUGGCUGUUGCUGAAUGAUUAAAUAAAUGAGUAGAUACAGAUAUCAGAAUGAAAGAAUGUGUGGAAUUUCCGGCAGCGGGACAAGUGUGACGGUGUGGGGGCAGAUGGAGCAGGGUUCGUUGGUUGGUGAACGAAGCAGGACUUGGAGGUUCAGUCCAGACUCCAAACCAUUUACUGCGACUGUUGAUAAUUAGGUGGAGACUGGAGAGAGGGCUGGAGUGCCUGUGUUUCCGCUUUAGCUGUUUUUAGCAGGAAGGCUCACUCCACAAGCUAAUUGUCGUCUUCUCUCCUUUCGUUCG